UGGGGGCGGGACGGAGCGGGGACACCACGGAGGGGGACAGUCCGGAGGGGGACAGCCCGGAGCCGGCCGCCCUCAGAGCCCCCGAGGCAGCCCCGAUGACCGAUCCGCCGCCGGACGCGGAGGAUUUCAAACCGGCGCGACCCCUCAGCAAAAGGGAGAGCAAAGCCGGCCUGUGCCCCUCAGAGUCAGAGAAUGGUGUGGAAGAGAAGAAAAAAGCUGGCAAAUCACCCACCACCCAGCCACCAACGCCCUCAAGUGAAGCGGACUCAUUGGAGCAGAAGAAAAACAAUGCUCCAAGUUGGAUGAAGACCAGUAUCGAAGGCCCCUCCUUAACUGGUGAAAAGUAUGAUUCUAAAAUGGACAGCAAAACUGACUCUAAACCCGAUCGGAAAAAAUCAUUCUCCACAAGCCAGUUUAAGGCAAAUGUCCACUUUCACAAGCUGUUUCUGGAAGUCUCCAAAGAGGAACCCCUGAGGCAGAGUUUUACCUGUGCUCUGCAGAAGGAAAUCCUGUUCCAAGGAAAGCUUUUCAUAUCAGAAAAUUGGAUUUGUUUCCAUUCUUUCUUUGGCAAAGACACAAAGAUCUGUAUCCCUGCACCCUCAGUUACAUUAAUAAAGAAAACCAAAACUGCCCUUCUAGUGCCAAAUGCUCUGAUUAUCGCAACAGUCACCGACAAGUAUGUAUUCGUUUCCUUACUCUCCAGAGAUACAACCUACAAGUUGUUAAAAUCAGUGUGUAGACACUUAGAAAAUACAAGUGUUGGCAAUAGCCCCAAUCCUUCUUCUGCUGAAAACAGCUUUCGUGCCGAUCGCCCCACGUCCCUGCCCCUGGAUUUCAAUGAAGAGUUCUCAGAUCUGGACGGUGUAGUGCAGCAAAGAAGGCAAGAGAUGGAAGAAUUCAGCAGUUCUGGGUCUCAAACCCCAGAAUCCGAAAACUUUCAAGAUUUCCACAUGACGGAGGCCCAGGCUGUUUUGAAAGUCCUCAAGAGGGAGGUAAAACCAAUACGGGCAGAUAAGAGCCAGGGGCCUGAAGGAAAACCCCAGACCUUCUCCAGACAGGCAGCAAACUUUGGAACCUAUGGAUUCUUCUAUAAAUCUCAGAAAUAUCUGUCUCUCCGCCAUAUUCUCAUUUUCUAUGCAGUUAUUGUCUGUGCCCUUAUCGUCUCUACCUUCUACAUGAGAUACAAAAUCAAUGCUCUAGAGGAGCGACUUGGGUCCCUGGCCUCCUUCCUAGAAUCCCACAAUGCCGGAAGGAAAAUGUCAGGUGUGGGAUCUCAGGUGCUUACCAACCCGGAUUUUGUCUGUGAAGAGCUAACAGCUAACAUAAUAAAAUUAGAAAAGAUACAAAACAACCUGCAGAAGCUGCUCGAGAAUGACAACUGACUGACCUGGCCUUUCCAGGUCACCUUGAUGCCUUCAAUUCCACUUUAGCAAGCCCACUCUGAGCCACAGGAGAGAACUCAGCCAGCGGAGACACGAUCGGCACCGAAUCCAAACUGCAGGAAAAAAGGAGGUGACCCCAGGUGGCUUGUUCUCGGGCAACCUAAGUUUUUAACCUGACACUCUGAGAACUGUUUCAUUGCCUCUCCUGAAGAGAGCUGAUCCUGUCUCUGGAGAAGGAAGGAUUCUGCAGGACCACCCAGAAAUCGGAGGGCUUCUGUUCCUGCAGAACGGCACCCCCUCAAUCUCUGAAUUCCUUCCCAUCCUUGGCCUUUAGUGCCCCGACUCCUAACUCAAAAACCCAGGCUCUGCCAAGUCCGUGGCCUGGUCCCCCAAAAAGGUAAGCAUCCCAGCCGUACAAAACCACAACGGUAGAUCUGUUCCAACAAGCAGGUCUCCUGUGUGGUGGCUUUGUACUGCUGUUCAUCUACCCCUGAAAUAACCUGCAGGUUUUACAGUGCUCAGAGUGGGCUUGAAAAUCGUAGGAGGCAACGUGGGCUAAACCUCUGAAGUUCGAGUUUUAUUUUGUUUUUGGUUAUGGCUAAUAGCUGGUUGUCGGUAAUGUUCUCUGAUUAUGGGAGCUGAGGGACAUGCAGCAGAAGGGCCAAAUUAGAACCUGCUGGGUUUGGCAGUUUCCGCCCUUCUGAGUCCUCCCACAGCACUUGUGGGUGACAUGUUGGCAAAUGUAAAACCAUGAGAUGUAGAAAGUAGAGUUUGGCUGUGUUUGAAACCUUUCCAAAGAGUAGUGUAUGAGGGGAAACACACAAGUCCAUGUCAAUACUCAAAAGACUGAUGUUUUUCUCCUUGCUGCCUCAAAUUAAAAAUGUAGUGGUUCGCUAAUUUAAUUUACCAUUUGGGUUUGUUGGUUGGUUCCAUUAGUAAUUAUUUAGGAUUCUUUCGUGUCUGUACAUAUAACAUAUUCUAUUUCCCUGUUAUUGCAUUUUAUGAUCAUUUCUGUGAAAUGUACCCUAUGUUAAUCAAAUAAGCUAAUAAAUUAGAUAAGUUGGUCACAUUGUUUUGAUUUGUUUUGUUAAGACCACAGGAUCAGGGCACUGCUAAUGUUCUGGGCAUUGCUUGUUCCACCAGUGGCUUUUAAUAAAUGUUUAUUGU